GGGGGCGCUCUGGCCGGCCUGCUCUGUGGCGGAGCGCGCAGCCGGCUUGCGUCGAGGAGGGCUGACGUUGGUCAACAAAGAUGGCGGCGGCGGCCAGCAGCAGCUACUGGGAGGAUCUAAGGAAGCAGGCCCGGCAGCUGGAAAACGAACUGGACCUCAAACUGGUCUCCUUUAGUAAAUUGUGCACCAGCUACAGCCACGGCAGUUCUCAGGAUGGAAGGCGCGACAGGUAUAGCUCGGACACAACGCCUCUCCUGAACGGAUCGAGCCAAGACCGGAUGUUCGAAGCCAUGGCCGUGGAAAUUGAGCAGCUCUUGGGGAAGCUGACCGGGGUCAACGACAAAAUGGCGGAGUACACCAACAGCGCCGGUGUCCCCUCCCUCAACGCGGCUCUGAUGCACACCCUGCAACGGCACAGAGACAUCUUACAGGAUUACACCCACGAAUUCCACAAAACCAAAACCAAUUUCGUGGCAGUGCGGGAAAGAGAGAAUCUUAUGGGAUCAGUCCGGAAAGAUAUUGAGUCGUACAAAAGUGGGUGCGGUGUCAACAACAGACGAACGGAGCUUUUCUUGAAGGAGAACGAACAUCUCCGAAACUCCGACCGGCUGAUCGAAGAGACGAUAAGCAUUGCCAUGGCCACGAAAGAAAACAUGACUUCGCAGCGAGGAAUGAUGAAAUCCAUACAGAGCAAGAUGAACACCUUGGCCAACCGUUUCCCAGCGGUGAACAGCCUCAUCCAGCGGAUCAACCUGCGCAAGCGACGGGACACCCUCAUCCUGGGGGGUGUGAUCGGCAUCUGCACCAUCCUCCUGCUGCUGUACGCUUUCCAUUGAUGGAGGACGCCGCGCACAGAGAGACUUCUGGGACCAUGAUCUGCCCCUGCGAAGGGGCGGGCAGACUGCGGCGGGACCCCCCCCCCUUCAAUCUGGGGACGUGGAGACCAAGGGACCGUGGCAGGUGGACUCUCUCUUUCCUUCCUCCACAGCUGGCCACGGGUCCCGAAGGUGACAACCGGUUCGUCGCUCGUCCUGGUCUCUUACACCGAGGACACGGCUCCCUUCUGCCCAUUAAAUAUGUUUUCUGCCUUUUCUACCAUUUCGCUCUCGUCUUAAGGCGAGGCGGACCCGGCCCACCUCCAGCCCCCCGCCCCAAUUCAGCUGUCACGUUUACCUUCCAAAGGAGAACCUUUACUUCUCCUUGUUUCCAACCUGUCUGCCCGAGAAAACCCCUCUCGUCAAUUUAACACAACUUCGCCCUGACUUGGCGACUUAAAAACUUUGGCCCGGCCCGGUUGGAGAGCCGAGAUCCAUGGAGAGAAAUUCUUCACCAGACAUUUUUAUUUUAUUUUAUGUUUUUUUUUGAGGAAGGUGAUCCUCAAAGGCUGGGUCGGUAAGUAUCCCGCCGUUUUGGAGAAGACCACUUCCUUCUGAUCUCUUUCCCGCCAUUCGAGAACGGCCGAAACACAACCGGUUCACCAAGGCCGAGAAAAAUGUCCCAAAACAAGAGAUCGGGUCUUUCCUUUCAACGUGGAGAACAUUUGUGAGACGGACCCUCGGUGGAGACUUUUCACCAAACUGGAAACGCGGUUGAUGUUUUACAGAUCCCAGUGGAAAACAAGGGAGCGCCUUCCUCAUCUCGAGAGCGCCCCAAACAGUGAAAGGGAUUAAAAGAGAGCGAGUGGCAUUUGGGCAUCCGAAUCGGUGGACCGUUUUAGCAGGGGUAAUCUUAGCCGAAAAAGUUUCCCGCAAGUCCUCGCCUUGUUUGUCCGACUUCGGUUUGGUUCCCGUCCUAACAAAGACCCCGGAUGUCCCCCACCCACCCUUGCUUCGAAACACAAAUAAAAUGUUAAAAAAGAGAUGUCUAUUACAUACUCUUGGAGAGAAAGCAAGAGAUUUGAGCUUUUUUUAUCGGCAACCCAAGCCAGCCCAAGACAACAAUGCAUUUAUUAGCUUAGCCAGUGGGGAUGAUGGGGUUCGGAGUCCCAGUGGAUUCAGGGGUGGGAAGAGUGACUUAGCUCUGAUUCCUGGGAACCCUGGUUCCCACCUCCAUUCCCACAUGGUAACAUGAAACCAGGGUGGGCAAUUACGGUGCUUUAUAAUCUUUGGACUUCAACUCCCAGAAUUCCUGAGCCAGCCAUAUUGCUGGCUCAGGAAUUCUGAGAGUUAUAGUCCACAGGUCAAGGGGCCCUGCAUUAAAUACUAGCUUACGAUGGUUUUGUUCAAAUAGAUUCCAUAAACUAGGCACUAUAGCACAACUUAAAUUAAUAAACUAUUCGUUCUCUUUUGGGUUCGCAAAAAGUGUCUAAUCCUGUUAACGCUACGAAUCAAAGGAAGAAAACCCCAACAAGAUAGAUUUUUUUUUAUUUUUGGCUGCAAGAGAUUGCUUGAGGUUAGAGAAUACUUCCUUUCGCAAAUGAACCGUUUAUUGGCCCUUCCAGAAUAAGGAGCAAAGCAAAAGUUUCAGAGGUGAAUUUGAAUUUGUUUUAAGAGCUCUCGAGUUAAGAAACCGCUGCUGGAAGGUUUUUUAUUAUUAUUAUUCUGGGUUUUUUUUUAAAUUUGUCUUUUUUUUUCCGCGUUCUGCUGAGAUAGGAAGAGGGUUAUCUGAUUAAUAAAUUACUAAGAAAAUAAACAAGACUUGGUUGCAUUAUCUCGCUAACAAAAAUGAAAGGGGAGAAAAAAAGCACUCUCUCUCUGAAUAAAACGUAUUUCUUUAAUCUUA